UUUCACUCAAGCAGUCAACUUCGAUGUCGCCCCUUCAGCUGAUUGUGAACGGUUUGUUGGUAAUCCUCUUCAUCGCACUCGGUGCCCUAAUCUUCAUCAAGCAUCGAUAUGGCUACUGGCGACGCCAAGGAGUCUCCUACCUCGAGCCCGAGUUCCCCUUCGGAAACUUCAAAGAAAUGGGCAAAAGCAUCCAUCCAGCGCAUUUAACCCAGCAAAUCUACACCCAGUUCAAAGGUCGAUCCUCGUUCGUCGGUCUGUACAUCUUCCUCAAUCCGGUCCUGCUCGUAACGGAUCUCUCCCUUAUCAAGCGAAUCCUAAUCAAGGACUUCAACCACUUCCCGAAUCGCGGCGUUUACUUCAACGAGCGGGAUGAUCCCCUCUCAGCGCACCUCUUCUCGCUGGAGGGUCGCAAGUGGCGCGAUCUGCGGGCCAAGAUCAGUCCGACCUUCUCCAGUGGGCGCAUCCGAAUGACGUUCCCCGCGGUUCUGGAGGUCGCCCAGCAAUUCUGCACUUAUCUAGAGCAGUCUUGCGUUGGGAAGGAGGCCGCGGAGAUUCGGGACGCAAUGGCACGGUUCACGACGGAUGUGAUUGGGAGUUGUGCGUUCGGGAUCGAGUGCAAUAGCUUCGAGGAACCGGAUAAUGAGUUCCGGCGGGUGGGGAGGAAGCACUUUGAUACGCCUAGGAAUCAUCCGCUGAAGGUGUUUGUGAUGAAGACUUUUCGGGGGUUGGCGAAUGGUUUGGGCAUGAAGUUGAUUCACGACGAUGUCGCGGAGUUCUUCUUGGAUGUGGUUCGGAGGACGAUAUCGCAUCGGGAGGAGAAUAAUGUCUCCAGGAAUGACUUUUUGGACCUGUUGAUCAAGCUGAAGAACACUGGACGGCUGGAGGCUGACGGUGGAGAUAUCGGACAGCUGAGCUUCAGUGAGAUCGCAGCGCAGGCGUUCAUAUUCUUCACUGCCGGGUUCGAGACUUCGUCGUCAGCGUUGACGUACACCUUAUACGAGCUUGCGCUGAAUCCGGUGGUUCAAGAAGCGGCGAGAGCGAGUGUUUUCGAGACGCUUGACAAGUUCAACGGGGAGUUUAGCUACGAAUGCUGUCAAGCGAUGACCUAUCUAGAUCAGUGCAUCAACGAGACCCUUCGCAAGUACCCUCCGGUAGUAAAUCUCGAGCGGACCGUCGACAAGGACUAUCUGAUAGAAGAAUCUAACCUAAUACUACCGAAGGGUCUGAAGAUCAUGAUUCCGGCGUUCGCCAUCCAGCAUGAUCCGGACUUUUACCCAAAUCCGGUACGCUACGACCCCACGCGAUUCUCACCGGAUCAACAAGCCGCCAGAGGUCAGUGCACGUUUCUCCCAUUCGGAGAAGGACCAAGAAUUUGCAUCGGACUUCGCUUCGGGAUGCUGCAAGCACGAGUUGGUCUCGCUAUGAUUUUGAAGAAUUUCCGCAUUUUGCGCUGUGAAAAGACGGAGGAUCCCGUUGUUUACUCGACGCGUGCCUUCGUACUGACCCCGAUCAACGGAAUGUGGCUCAAGCUAGAAAAACUAUCGAAAUAAAGAAACUCAAUCGCUUUUAUUCAAACC